CGCUGAGAAACAUCGCGAGCGCACGCAAAGCCAACCCGACAUCGCGGCCUCGCAAGUGCCUUCACAGAGGCUCGGAUUGGCUUUCGGAACCGCGCGACGCCCUCGUGACACGUUCCAGUCUCGCGAUUUGCGACAACACCCGAAGUCGCCAACCGUCGGUCCAGACCCCCGUCGCAAGCUCGUCGAGACCACUCGAAUACACAUGGAGACAGGGCCGGAGCGAAACCUGAACCUCUGAGCGACAAACCAAAUAGACAAUGCCCACGAACCCGGCCUUGGGAUUGCCGUAAUCUGUGGCCGUUGGCUCGCGACGCCAACGCUCUCGAGAUGGCGGAUCCGUUCCUAGCCGGCCAGAAUGGCGGCAUGCCAUACUACAACGAGGCAUCGGAUCCCCAGGCAUACCACGAUGGUGCGCAGCAGCAACAGCGUUAUGGCUACCAGGUGCAGCGGCAGCCAUACACGCUGAACGAGGCACUGCCAUACACUCCGUUCACCUCAAUCUAUCCGUUCCAGUCGGACAUCAUCAACACACCAACAAUUGGCUCUGGGCCGCUCGCGCCACCCGUGGCUGGACUACUGCCACGAGAUGACCUGCAAGCGCUGAACCGCGAAGCGUCAGAAAACCCACAGUCGAAACGUGUCGAAGGAAGCCUGGAUUUCAUACAGAACUUACUACAGGCAGACAACAUAACCGAAUUCAAGUUCAAGACAGUACCAUCGGCGGCCUCUGUGGGCGGCUCCGUCUCCAAAAGCUUGGCUAAUGGUCUUUCGCCUUUUACGAGACUGAUCUUCGAUCAAACAUCUGUCAGCUACACUUCCUCCUCACCUGAUGUCCAGAGGACGUCCGUCUCGAACGCACCCAGCAUGUCUCCCAAAGUGCUCAAGAAAUCGCCAAAGGCACGGCGGUCUGAUCCGCCCAAGAUCGUCAAGCAUAAUCCUGCUUCCAUCAGCAAUGGGUCGUCGAACUCAAAGCCUCGAAUAGAAAUCAGGCUACCCACGCAGAGGGAGCUCGAAGCUGGACUGGCUAUGCAACAGCAACCGGCGAAGUAUGAGCCCACACAUCAGUUGCCGCCUGCGCCGACGCAGCCGCAAACUGUCUCCUUAGCGGAUCUAAUGAUGAAACCACCGUCGCCUAUACCGAUUAUGCCAGCGCGGCCCCUCCCUCCCAUUGAGGAUCGUGCGGUGAACGAGCCCGAACCACAGGCGCAGGCGACAUCAAUAGAAGUCCAAGGGACAAAGGCCGAACCAGAAGUCCUAGUCAAAGCAGAAGACAUCCCUACAAAUCCCACCUUCGAAAAUUCUGUACAAGAGACCAGCGAGCUGCAUUCCAAAGCUGAAUCUAAUGAGUCUCAUUCAACGUUGGAUACAGCCGAUGCGCGACCGGUCUACGCGAGGACGUCUUCGCAAAGUCAAGGUCUGAAUGGCUUCCACGUAGAGUUGCCCACUGCCAAGUUCGAUAGACAGGAGUUCGCAGUAGUCAACGAUCCUCUGAGUGCUCCCUUGCACCUCUCCACCAAGAAGGGCUCAGGCUUCAGUAACGAGGACUUACUCAACAACGAUUUCAACCAGCGGGAUCUUGCGAAUGUUGCUAUUUCAGAACUUCAACGGUGCUUCCAAGAAAUCUUUGCUGCUGAAGAUGCUCUGGGAGGUCAACCGGGGUCGUCGUCUCAUCUCAUCAUGGUCACAAACGACGGUGAUUCGAUGAUGACUGUUGCAGCUCACACCAGAGCUCACAACCAGAUCAGGAAGACCAUCGAGCUGGAUUGCUUUAAGCAAGCGCCCGUCGAUGAGGUUAUCCGCAUUCAGAAUCUCAGCGAAGUCAGUAUCAGGCACGUAGACUCUCUAGACUUCAAGCUCGACGAGGGCUGGGGUGAAACAGAGGUGGGCUUCUGGGCUCAGCAAUUGCCAGACAUCGAGGCAGGUCUCAAGGCCGCUCGCACUGCACUCCGCGUCAUGUGUGGAGGUCGUGAAGAGAAGCAGCUUUACUCGGAGGACUUGAUACAUCAGAGCCUCAACAUCUUCAAGAACGUCAUGGAGGGAAUCGUCGUUCCCCUCGCUGAACUACGCAGCACAGACAAUACGGGGCCGCUGUUCAAGCUUGUCUCGAUUCACAAGAAGGCCAUUGGAUCACUGUUCACCGCCUGCCAGCGGCUGUUCUCCUUGAUGUCAGACCUAAUUGUGAAUACAGACCUCUCUGAGAGUGUCGUGAACACAUUGGAAUAUGCGUCGUCGAAGCUCAUCUUCGUCGAAAACGCGUACAGCGAGAAAGACUCCGUGUUGGGAGUGCAGCGGUUUGACGGCCUGCGGUCUGUCGCGAUGAACAUGCUUUCACAGAUAUUUGUGAUGAAUCCCAACCAGCGCCAAGGCAUCUUCACCGAGAUUCUCACAUCGCUUGAGAAGCUACCUGUCGGAAAGCAGCGCGCGCGUCAGUUCAAGCUGUCAGAUGGUGGCAGCAUCCAGCCCGUGUCUGCGCUCAUCAUGCGUCUGGUGCAAGCCAGCGCAGGAAAAGUCGAAAACGAGCGAGGAGUUCGACAUGGGGCAGUUCUGAAUGCAGUCGGGGAGGAUGGCGAGAGCGAGGAUAUAGGGCUCCCAACUGCUCCAGUAUAUGCUGUCAGGACGGAGGAUUUCGCCGCUAUCCAGCAUUCGACUGCUGUUCAGGAGAUUUCGGGACUCGCAGAGCCACUCAUCAAUGCUGCAGCUCGGGAUGCCAGCUACGUGGUCAACUUCAUCGUUGAGAGAGCUCUCAAGUCGACCAAGUCUGGUGACACACCCUACCGCAAUCUACUGGAUCUCUUCGUUGAAGACUUCACGACGUGUUUGGACUCUCCAGAUUGGCCAGCCGCCGAGCUUCUGCUGCGGUUGCUCAUGUUCAUGAUGGUCAAACAGGUUGAUGGGAAAGAGAAUUCCGCUCCUGCACGUAACAUGGCACUCGAAUUACUGGGAGUCAUGGCUGCAGCGAUAUCGAAACUUCGAUCACACGUGCGCAAGAUCGCCGCCAAUUUCGAGGGUAGUGAUGCCGAUGCGCUGGGCCUUUGGCUGGCUGACUUGACCUCAACGGCUCUAGAGGGAAAGAUCUCGCCAGACAAGGUCCUCGGCUGGCUGGGUCCUUACCGCAUUGUGCUCGAGUUUCUUCAAGACCGAGUCACUGACGACCAGUACCUGAAGGCUGCAAUUUCCUACCUCGUCACAGACUGGGCAUCGCAGAUUAGCGCUGGGUACGACUCGGAGACCAGCGAUGAUGUUGAUGAUAGGGACGCAGAAUAUGGGCGGACAGCAUAUCGUUUGAGGAACAUGAUAGAAGACUCCAAGUGGCUCUCGCGCGAGUACAGCUUCAAGCAAGUGGCUGCAAAGCAUGCUCGUUUGGCACAUUCGAUCGUCCUCCUCCGAUCGAGCUUCUGCUCGUCCUUCAACGUUGUCCUCAACAUUCUCCUUGGUUCUAUGACGACGGACCAAGCCACCGUGCGGAGCCGCAGCAUCAAGAGCAUCAACCAGGUCCUAGAAACAGACCCGACAAUCCUGGAUGGUGAUAGCGUCGUCAUCCAGCUCAUCCUCCAAUGUUCGAGCGACUCAUCACCACAGGUCCGCGACUCCGCACUUGGUCUCAUAGGGAAGUGUAUCAGUGUUCGACCACAUCUGGAAGGCAUGAUGACACCGACAGUGAUUCAGAGAUGCACGGAUUCUGGUGUUGGCGUGCGAAAGCGUGCCAUGAAGCUUGCCAAGGACAUUUACCUAGGAAACCAGAGCAAGGAAGUGCGAAGCACAAUUGCCAACGGACUUCUGCACCGUAUGCAGGACCCAGACGAGGGUGUCCGCGAGUUGGCGAGGCAAAUGGUCGAAGAGAUCUGGAUCUCACCCUUUUACAAAUCGGACGAUUCUGUCGAGUCUAAACAGGCCUUGACGGAUCACGUUGCUCUGAUGGUGCAAACAGUCAAGCAUGGCAAUUCUGCCCCAGUCUUGGACAAAGUCUUGCAGAUAAUAUUGUCGCCAGAGUCUAAGCUUGCAGCGGCCAAUUCUAAGGUGUGCAAAAGACUCGUGGCGAGUAUGUUCGACCUUCUGGACAAUCCUGAAUCAGAGGACACUUCAGCACCUUCCGGCAAAGACGCUUUGCAGGUCCUGAUGAUUUUCGCCAAAGCGGACCCCAAGCUCUUCACCUUUGAGCAAAUCAAGCUUUUGAAGCCUCACAUUGCAAGUGUGAGCACCAGCGAGGACCUGGCUGUUGCGAGAGCUGUCGUUGUGAUUUAUCGCCGCGUUCUGCCAGAAGUAUCCAGCGUCAACCCACAAUUUCUUGCUGACGUCCGCAAGGAUCUGAUGCCAGCCGUAUCGAAGGUCGGCAGGGCACUACUGGACGACGUGAUCGCUUGCUUGUGGAUCAUGAGCGGCCUCCUCCAGACCUCUGAGCACCUGGCACGUCUCGUGUCCUCGAGUCUUGCAGGCAUUCAGAAGAUUAGGGCUUUCACUGCCAAAGGACCUUUGGACCAGCAGAAGAUACGACAGUUCGAUCGUUACUCACUGAUCGUCGGCAUGGCUGGCAAACACUGCGAUCUCGAUGCACAUGCCGAUAUCUUCAAAACGCACUUCCCCAAGUGGCAAGGGGGGUCUGUCUCGAAGUUGAUGGUCGACGUUUUGAUCUUCUUUGCUAGCCCCAGCCAGCCUCUUGAUAUUCGCCGCCCAGCUCUUGACGCGGUUGGACUUGUCUGCCAGUCCAACCCGAGGAACUAUGUUUCCGCCAACGUCUACACCGCUUUCCAGCAGGUCUUCGAUGAGGAGAACCAGGUGCUUGAGUCCAUGAUUCUUAGGUCACUGAAAGAGUUCUUGUUUACGGAAGAACGCCGAUCAGAACAGAGCGCUGCGACUGCCACCAAGGGGAAGGAGCAAGCCAAGAAGGACCUCAAGGUCAUGGGCGGUACCACUUUCGAUGAUGUGGCCAGUGCAACAACCCAGCGUUUCCUCAAGCAUCUCACACGUAUUGCCCUGUCGAACCCUGACGACCAUGCCUUCCUUGCCAUGGAGGUAUUGGCCACCAUCAACAGACAGGGUCUGGUUCACCCGAAGGAGACAGGCAUCACUUUGAUGACCUUGGAAACAUGCCCGCACCCGAAGAUCAGCGAGCUUGCGUACCACGAGCACCGCGCUCUUCAUGAGAAGCACGAGACGGUCCUAGAACGCGAGUACGUGAAAGCGGUUCAGUCAGCCUUCCAGUAUCAACGAGACGUCAUCCAUGAUGCUCGGGGUGCCACAACAGACCCAUUUGCACCGAAGCUCCAUCAGCUUGUAGAGGUUCUCAAGAUCAGUAAAUCCAAGAAUCGUCUCCGCUUCUUGGAGAAGCUUGUCGCGCAGGUCGAUUUUGAGCUCGCCAAACUCGACAUGAAAGAUGACAUCCCCCAGCAUGUAGAGUACUCGCGUUUCGUUCUGGAGAACAUGGCAUUUUUCGAUUAUGUCACCAUCGGAGAACUUCAGGCCGCUGUGGCAGGAAUGGAGAAGCUCUUUACCGGCACUGGUGCUAGCAUCGCGCAGAUCAUCGAGGCCGAAGUUCUGCAGGUCAGCAUGGUCAACGUGACAAACUCGCAACAGCCUACUGAGGGCGAGAUGUCGGCCCCUGCAACCUUUGAGCCGCCAGUUCCUGUUGAGAGGUUGCGCCGCCUGGCUGCGGGCUCGACUGUCUUCAUGCUGUUGUGGGAGGCAAGAACUCAUCUUCGGCGCACGUAUGGUGUCAAUGCCAGUCGGCGUGAAACCAAGGGCAAGGGAGUCACCAAGGACCUUACAAAAGCGCCAUUCAAAUUGCCCAAUGCUACCGGAGACAAGUUCUGGGAGGAUGUGCAGAACAUCAUGACCGGCUUUGAUUCUCCCAGGCGAAUGACAGAGCAAUGCAAGACAUUCGUAGAGCUACUGAAUGUCGACAAAGACUUCAAGGUCGCCGAUGACGACGACGAGGAAUUUGACGCCGACGAAGAUCCUCAAACACCCGACGCCGAAGAUGACGACGAUGACGAUGGCGGUGCAGUUGAGGGGAGAGGGCGCAAGCGCAAAGCAGCAAACACACCAAGUGGUCGUCACAAGCGCGCCAGGUCCGAUUCCAAAGGACCCCAUGGCCGCGGCAGACCCUCGAAGACGCUGCAGAACGAUGAUGAUGCAAAUAUGAACGACGAGGGAAGUGCCUGGAUAUAGGGGUAUGGCCAAGGACAUUUCACUACUGGGCUCUGUGAUGCUCGCCACUGAUGCAGUCAGAAAAGAGAUCAGGUUUGAGGAAUGAGGUGGAUCAAGGCGCCGGUUGCAUUUUGGGAGGAGCGCUGUAAAGAUAGGGAAUCGAGUCGUGCCGGGCGCUUCGUGUUCAGACAACGAAGUCGGCAGGCUCCCUGUGCAUUUGCCUUGGCGUCACGAGAUUUCAUGGGACACAUCAGAUACGGCAAGCGAUCUGCUUUAUUUGUAACAAUGAUACCUGGACAGAGCGUGCUCUGUUUUCAAGAGAAAGUGCAGUAGCUAGCCAAAGUAGCACGGAGAUAACGUGCUAAUAUUUCUGGCUUUAGAACAUUCACAAAGGCACAACAUGCAUCAUUAUCGGUGAUGUCUC